AACGCCUGUUGAUUAACAUGUUCCGCACGAAAGAACGUGGAAUUAAAUAAUCAGCACGUUUCUGGGAUGGGAGACAACGAGGAGAAGCCUUGCAGCUUUAUAAAAGCUGGAAAUAUCAGUUCAUCCCCUGAACACCACCGUCACCAUCACUCUGGAGGCCAUGAACACAGCCAUGGUGCCAAUGAACAUGGACAUACCCAUGAAUUUAUGUCCAAUCCUGGCUUGUGGACAGACAGAGAUAAAAUAGUCAAUAGGUCUGACUGGAAACAACGUGCAUUUACUGUUGGUAUUGGCGGUCCAGUUGGUUCUGGUAAAACUGCAUUGACCCUUGCUCUUUGUAGACAUUUAAGGGAUUCUUAUGGAGUGUGUGUUGUUACAAAUGAUAUUUUUACCAGGGAAGAUUGGGAAUUUCUUGUCAAAAAUGAGGCAUUGCCAGAGGAAAGGAUGAGGGCGGUGGAGACAGGAGGUUGUCCCCAUGCCGCUAUUAGAGAGGAUUUUUCACUGAACAUGGAGGAAGUAAAAGACUUGACUAGAACAUUCCAGCCAGACUUGGUGAUAAUUGAGUCGGGUGGAGACAACCUCGCAGCUAAUUACAGCAGGGAACUGGCAGACUAUAUCAUCUACGUCAUUGAUGUCGCAGGAGGAGACAAAGUUCCUCGCAAGGGAGGUCCAGGUAUCACACAGAGUGACUUGCUAGUCAUUAACAAAACUGAUCUGGCUGAUGCUGUCGGUGCAGAUCUCAAGGUAUAAUUGCAAUUUUAUGGUCUAUGUACUCUGACUUGCUUGAAUACAAUGAGUAAUAGGUCUGCAAUGCAUGUAGAGUGCUAUAAUUUUACGUUCCAUUAAGAAUCUAAUUUCCUUUCCUCCCAAAAACACAGUUGCUGAUUUUCA